UCCACAGUCUCUGGUCAUCUCCUGUACUGUCUGCAGUCUCUGGUCAUCCCCUCUACUGUCUGCAGUCUCUUGGUCAUCUCCUGUACUGUCUGCAGUCUCUUGGCCAUCCCCUGUACUGUGUCCGCAGUCUCUGGUCAUCUCCUGUACUAUGUCCGCAGUCUCUGGUCAUCUCCUGUACUAUUUCCGCAGUCUCUGGUCAUCUCCUGUACUGUGUCCGCAGUCUCUGGUCAUCUCCUGUACUGUGUCCGCAGUCUCUGGUCAUCUCCUGUACUGUGUCUGCAGUCUCUGGUCAUCUCCUGUACUGUGUCCGCAGUCUCUGGUCAUCUCCUGUACUAUGUCCGCAGUCUCUGGUCAUCUCCUGUACUGUGUCCGCAGUCUCUGGUCAUCUCCUGUACUAUGUCCGCAGUCUCUGGUCAUCUCCUGUACUAUGUCUGCAGUCUCUGGUCAUCUCCUGUACUAUGUCCACAGUCUCUGGUCAUCUCCUGUACUGUGUCUGCAGUCUCUGGUAAUUUCCUGUACUGUGUCUGCAGUCCAUUGUGGGGCUGUGCUAUGUCCGCAGUCUCUGGUCAUCUCCUGUACUAUGUCUGCAUU